AUGAAGAUGAAGCUGAUGAUGGAGGUGCGCCAGAGAAAGGAACACCGAAGAUUCAGAAAAUCCCAAUGGGACUUGCAGCCUGCCAAUGGUGGGGAGUUCCAGAUAAAAUUAACUUGUCACUGUGAUCGCAGGCAAACGGAGAAGACUGAGAGGAAAGAUUGGGCGACUGACGGCGACAGAAAGAGAGACAGGGAUAGAGAGCGAGACGAGUUCGAACAUGCUGCGUGGCCAUUGCUCUGCCUCUUGGGUCCUUCGAUAUUCUGGCUGACAGCCUGUCGCUUCUUCCUUCAUCGUCAUUUUCGUCGUCGUACUCAGACAGUCGUUGUCGGCCAUGAUGGAAUCGUCAAAGUGCCCGCAUCGCUUAGGAAUACUCAUGGAUGCAGUCGCGCUCAGAUGCCGGACCCCGGCUCUAUAGAUGCGCUUGGGCACAGGAUGAUAGCGCGGCAGCUUCCAAUAAUGAGUUGGAGGAGGGCUCCAAAGCUCCAAGCCCCCAGGAACCUCCGAGGAACCUCCGAGGACCCUCCCCACCACUCAAGCGCCCCUCCACACACCAAAUGCAGGCGUGUGAUUAUGACGCUGCUGCUCGACGCCCUGCAGCGGAUGGAUCUGCCGGUCCACCUUUCGAGUGGGAGAGAGUCGGGAGAUGAGGCCUCGUCUGAGAAAGAGAUGGAGCACUGGCACGCACAGAAACGGAGACAGUCGUGA